GCCACGCCACGCAACACACGCACGCACACACACACACACACACACACACACACACACACACACACACGUCGCCCCUUAAACGCAACCCACCCGCACAGUCAAGCCGGGCAGAGCCGAGUAGCGCAGCGAGGCCGGGAUCACAUGGCGAAAAAUACAUGAACCUCGCACAAACAGAGCGAAAAAAUACAGACAAUUCAAAUAUUUUCGCUCAUCCCCUCGAGGACACGAGUUACCGAGCGCCGCUACCACACCACGACCACCACCAUCACCACCACCACGCACUGCCUCGCCGCGGUUAGUUGGGAAGUUGGUCAGUGUCCCGGCAGCGGUGCGGUGUAGUACUCGCGGCGCCUGGUACUCAGAGUGAAGCGACGCCACGUAUCGGAGUAAGCUGGGGUUCACGUCGGGGUGAGGUAACACGCUACACAGGGAAGGUGCCGCAGUGAGGAGUGACGCGAGGGAGUCCUGAGCGAGCGCCGUGUGUGUCCCGUGUGCAGCCUGGGAGCCUUGUGACAGGUUGUUGGCUGGUGGGUGCUGCGUGUGCGGGUUGGCCACGAGAAACGGGGUAUACAAAACUGAACUGGAAAUAUUCCGGGUUUGUGUGAACGAGGUGAGAAGGAGAGAGAUACAGAGAGAGUGAGAGGAUGCGUCUCCACAAGGAAGUUAACAGUACGUAAGAGCGCAAGGAACGAAGAACAGUAACCUCGACAAGUCAGUAACAACUGGAAGGAGACAGAGAAAAAAAAAUCUAACAUCAUACUUCACCUUCUUACAUCAGGCAUGUCAAUUGCAAGGCACUCACACAAAACAAAAGCACUCACAAACACACUCGCACCACUCACAUAAUACGAAAGGAAAACAAGGUAAUCAAAUGACUACCAGUCAAUAACAACUGAAAAAAAAGACUGACACAAACACCCACACACUUUAACCUUCUUACAUCACAUACUAACAACACCACAAACACAUACACACGAGCAAGAAAGAAGCAGGGCGAAAUUAAGCAUGGGGGCGGGAAGAGCUAGCAGGAUGCAUGGCUAGGCGGUGCUGACGGUCCUAUAGCCAAUCCAGAAACACGUGAUGGGAAAGGUGAGAGGGCCACCACAACACCACACCACUACCACUACUACCACCACCACCACCACCACCAAGCUGCCUGCCUCUCCUCACACGCCCAAAACCCAGUCAGUGAGCGUCGGGAAACCAUGUGUUGGCGUGGUUAGUGAGUCGCGCUGUGGGGCUGAACAUUCAACACGUGGGGGAAUUUUAAGAUAACAAGACUCAAAUCACAGCAUCAAUCCAACGACUUCCUGCAAGGGCUUGAGGAGCAUGUGAGGGAGAGAGAGAGCGAGAGAGCAAGAGAAAGAGAGGGAGAGCUAGAAGGGCUGUCUCAUCAUUCCUAACACGUGCUGAUUGGCUGACGUGCACUGGUGGGCGUGGUAAAUCAUCUUAGAUAACCAACCAACAAGGCUCCCUUCACUCCACGAUGUUGUUCAUGAAUGACACGGAGAUGGCGGGCAGCGGGGACUCGCCCUUAGUGGCGGAGGACGACUCCAUUCUGAACUCCAAUGAGAGUUACCAGAGGGAUAUAGAUGAGAUGUGCCUGGAGACCUUCAACACCACGAUGCCCACGCCCCGCUUGAUGCGCUUCGUAGUGUACGGCGUGCUCCUCACCUCCGUGGGGCUCCUGGGCCUCGCCGGGAACUUCAUCUCCAUCACCAUUCUCUCCAGGCCCAAGAUGCAGUCCUCCAUCAACUGCUGUCUGAUCGGCCUCACCUCCUUUGACAUGAUCGUUACCACCACGUCCAUCCUGAUGUUUGGCCUGCCGGAGAUCUGUGAGUACACGCAGACGAUGGAAUGGUACUCGCAGGGCAUCUACCAGCUCAUCACGCCCAUCGUCUUCCCCCUCGCCCUAAUCGCGCAGACGGGCUCCGUGUACCUCACCGUCACAGUGACCCUGGAGCGGUACAUAGCCGUGUGCCGCCCCCUCAGAGCACGCGUGUUGUGUACCUACGGCAGGGCGAAAAUAUACGUGAUGUCUGUGGCGUUCCUCUCUAUCCUGUACAACCUGCCGCGGUUCUGGGAGGUGACCACGAAGGAAUGUUUCACUGAUGACGAGAAAACCCUGAGAAUCGUGAUCCCCACCCAGCUAAGAACCAACUCCUUCUAUAUCGAGUUCUACAUCAUGUGGCUGUACCUCUUUGUGAUGUACCUCGUCCCUUUCCUCUGUCUCAUGAUCUUCAACUUCUUCAUUUACAGAGAGGUUCGCGCCGCCAACCACGAGCGACAACAGUUGUCCCGGCUGCAGAGGAAGGAGAUCGGGCUAGCGGUGAUGCUGCUGGUGGUGGUGUCGGUGUUCUUCCUGUGCAACGUGUUGGCCUUCAUCAUCAACAUCCUGGAGCUCAUGGCCAUCGUGGUGGAGGAGCUCACCAUGACCAGCAACCUGCUCGUCACUAUCAACUCGUCAGUCAACUUCAUCAUUUACUGCAUCUUCGGACAGAAGUUCCGCAAACUGCUUCUCCAGAUGUUCUGCUCUAGUCUUCUGCCCCGCGUGGCGCGGGACUCGGAGUCUGCCGUCAUCCGCAACAACAGUGUGUAUGGUGAGUCCCGCAACUACACUAACGGCAAGACUGAGACCUUCCGGUUAUCGUCGUGGGACGCGUCGCACCAGGGAAGGGUGCUGCAGGCACACAACACCCGCGGCCACCACGGCUUUUGUGGACAGUCGUGGCGCACCUCUCGUUACUCCAGUGUGCCUAUGGGAGACAACGCCGCCCCCAAAGCGGCGCCGUCACUCUUCUCGGGUACCAGGAGUCAGUCACUUCUGCCGCAGCGUUCGCCCACAGAGAAUGUGCAAGUGCUCUGAGCUGCCCUGGCGCUACCGCGUGACGAGACCGCGCUGCUGAUAUGACUUCCUCCUUUCCCAUCCCGAUUUUCGUGAACACUGACUUAGUGAAUCUCAAACCGUGCUGUGGUACUUAAAAUAUUUUUUUGUAUCGCUAAGAAUAUCUGUAAGACAUUCGCGAUGCGCCGCGCCGCCAGAGGUUGGCCAGUCGGACGCCCUCCUUGUUGAGUCGGGCCAAGUGCGGGGGAGGCCGCCGACCCGCCAGCGAGGGCUGCUCCAGAGACAUUACACUUUGCCGCCUCGGACGCGCCGUGAUCCUACCCAGAGUGAACCACGAUGCACGGAACACUGAUCCUCACUGGCCAGGCGGCGGUGCCACGAGGAGGAAGGGCGGGGCGGGGGAAGUGAUGGGGUGACUCACCUCUGGGUCUGGGUGAUGGCAUAUGGCUCAACAGCUCCCACUGGCACGGUGCCGCUGCUCUGCGGCGCGCCUGGCCUUGGGUAUGGAGUAACAUUUGCCACUUCGCCCGUCAAGAAGUGCCAAGCCGAGUGACACACCUGCAGCGUGAAGUGGAGUGUCGCGUUCAUAAUGUGCCUCUCAGUGCAGGUGCAGACGGGCGGGUUCAGGAGAAGAAAGUAUUCAGUAGGAUCUUAUUUUCUUAAUUCCUGGAAGCGAUCCGGUAGCCUCGGAGAGGACCUUCGGGGUGCCCCUGUGCCUGGCGCCCACACCUCAACCGAAACACCCAUCCCGUCGCUUCCCCUUCCUGUGCCGAGGCCUCAUGAGUAAAGGCAGAGAUGUUCCAUGUCAGAAAAUAGAAACCGUUUCAUCAAAAAGGGUGAAGCAUGUAAUAUCAGCAAGACAAGGUGCUCAUACUACCGUGAGGAAGACUGCUGUGUGUGGAGGCAUGAGUGAACACUGGUGUGGGGCGGCCCUGUGGGGUGCCGGAGAGGGAUGAGGGUCGCCCCCGACGCUGGCAGCCCGGCCGUGCUGCAGCAGCCGCCUAGAGGUGUACGGCCCAAGCCGAACCUGACGGGGAGCUGGUCGUUGUGUUUUGUCGGUGUCACUUCUGCGUGGAGUAUAUUUAAAACAUAUAUCUUAGCUUUUAAGGCUGUAACAUAUACAAGGUAUAUGUAUUAUAUCCAUUCCUUAUACACACAUUGUUCAUCUCAUUAGCAUAUCGCUGAUUAAGCUCAUCAGAGGAGUUUGAUUCUUAUUAGCAUAAUUCAUAAAAAAAGGCACUUAUUGGAUGAAAUCCCUCAAAAAGUAAUUCUAGUCAGAAGCAAAGCGAAAACAAAGGCAUUAUUUGUGCGACUCUCAGCGCUGACUGCCGCUACUGGCGGUGGCGCAGCCUGGCUGAGUGCUGGACUGGGGCGUAGCUCUGUCCUGUCCGACCGCUCACUCGCGUCACGCCAGGCAGGCGAUAGCAGCCCAUCAUCAGUCUAACCUAUGAAGAGAGAGGCUGGUGGGGAUGAUUUAGAAGAAGAAAUAUUUUUUUAUAGCAAUAGUAAGCACUGACCAUUGGGAGUCUGGGAGGAGAGAGUGGGAGAGGGGUCGGCGAUAAAGGAGAUACCAUUCAUGGGCAAACAAGUUACUCAAUUCUCCAUUGUUUGUAGAACAAAAUUUUUCGUGUUACAUCAACUUUUCAACAGCUUUUUUCUUUUUCUUUCUUUUUUUUUUGCUCUGUCGCGUGUUACACACACACACACACACACACACACACACACACACACACACACACACACACACACACACACACACACACACACA